CGCACAGACGGUGGGGUAUAUAACCUGGACCGCGGAAUACUAAAACACUCGAUGAUGUUAUCUGGAUCAGUUAUAGAGGAGGCAGAUUUAAAUCGGUCCUUUUAGCUUGGUUACUGCUGGUGUUCUCGGAUUACUUUGAAGUUGUACAGUUACAAGCUUUCGAUUGUGCGCUGCCCUUGUCAUAGCUUGAAGAAAACGAAUGGAUAGACGAGAUAAAACAACGUAAUAUAGACUACUUAUGGUUCGCCUAGACAAGACGGGAUUUAAGACGUUUACAGGCCAAUAAUAGCCGCGGACAAUACUUUAAUUCUGAACUUUGAAGGACUGUCAUUCAACGAUAGGUCGCUGUGGGCAUUGGGAGAAAUGUGAGAUCAUCUCGGAAUGCGAUCGAUUGGAAUUGAAAAAGACACUAGGCGUGCAUCCACAAGUUGAAAAAAAACCCUCAAUUUGAGAAAGGAAUUAAAUGAUAUCUGGAUUUUAGCCAGUUCUUGUCUUUUGGAGAUAGAUAAGCUGUUAUGAGAGAGUACAAAUGAAUUUCAGAGGAUUCGUUAUUUCAAAACAACCGCAAAAUAGGAUAUACCAAGACUUACUGUUUUAUUUAUCAGGUCUGUGACUGUGAUAUAUUCUAGGAUAUUUUGUAAACGUCUAAUAAAAUAGUUGAUUAGCCUUGAUUUGGAUGCAACUGUCUUCAUUUCUUGCAGAAAGAAACGCAUAUCGUCCUAUAGAGACGUUUGCAGCAGUUGAUAAUACACGUCAGAACUACUGGACGCAAAAGACAAUAUUAUGAGAUCGUUGGCCUGUGCGGCUCUGGUGCGGAGAUAAUCAGACUUUGCCGAUAAUUCCAUCAACAAAACGGACUAGUUGAACCUUUAGGGAGACCAUAUUCUGAAACCUUUGUUUUUAUCUAGCAGAGAUAAAGUAGUGACGCAUAGCGAAGGUCUGAUAUCAAAUUUAUUGUUAGUAAGUUUUGAUAAUCUCAUAUUUGGAGUUGAGCGGUGAAGCGUAAUGAAGUUGCUAUCUUGUUCUAUCACAGGAUUUCGAGGAGUCUGUCUGUUCUAGAAGCCGCUAUUGGCCCUCUGACCGACCCAGGCGAUGACGGACAGCCACUUGUUCUCGACACCGACGAGGCCACUCAACACUGUCCGUCACAUUUAGUCACCAAUCAGCUCCGAUGGUCGGCGACCUCGUCAACAGACGAGAUCAACACUCCAAUGAUUUCAACCACGGUGCAUCAUGUCCGACCACUCUUCGCACGCAUUCCCUCAUAGGAAUAUAACCGAAACUAAUCCACGUAACUUCCUCGUUUCUCAUAUUAAGGAAUUUGUGAUUUUGCCAAACUUUUCACAUCUUCCAACCUGAGGUUUAAACUCAUCGUAUAGGCAUAAGUGUAAUAGUGUUAAGGAUUUUUGGGUGUCAUAGGGAUUCGGCCAAAAUUGCAACGCAGAAGGAGACGGUGCCAUUCUCAAAGUUACUUGCAGAAGUGUCAAAUCGGCAUCGAGGGACAUCAGGGAUUGCGUAGCUUUUCGUGACUCUUCCUGAUGUAGGUCUUUGAAGACAUUAAUUUCGUAUGAGACGAAUAAACCAAUAAUUAUAGUACAUUCGAUUUGCACAAAAUCUCUAUUGAUUUGCCAAGAGUGGACCAGGUCGGUGUUUAUCAACGUCCUUUGCAUUCAUAUUGUCUAAUAAGGUUAGACACACAAGCUGAUUUUUUAUUGACUGGUCAAAUAUAUAGACGACAUACCGACUUUAAACGGCCAAACACAUUACAGUGACUAAACCUUUCCAUGGGAUUGGUGAGAUAAAUCACAAAAUACGUUGAAUAAAGGAAGAGAGAUCAUUCUUUCAGUGAAGUGUCGUCUUGUCUUAGUUGGGAUAUCAAGAACGUGGACCCGAACACGAGAGGACCUUUGGCGCUGAUAAGAGGAGAGCAUACAACUGUUUGUAUAGAACAAAGUGAGUCACAUAAAUGGUACAAUACUAUAUAUGAAAGUAAAACUAAAGGGAGAUUCGGUCCAUUGGAACGUGAUUAAGUCGAAGGCACAGAACAAGCUCCUCUAAAAGUGUCAAAUAACUAUUUUCAGGUUUAAAAACGGUCCAAUAUCCUGUUAGUUGAUACGGAAGUGCCUGUUUUAGGUAACUCAAAAGUUGGUUCUGCUUUUUAAACUUAUGUGUCUUGAAUAAAACGUAAAAAGGUGGAUUAGUGUCGCUCAAGGGAUUAGCAUUCGAAGAAGACAAAAGAAAAGACCUUCCUUUUUCAUAUCGUGCUUAUCAGCACCAUUGCGAACUCACAGCACAACAUGGCCAACAGGACGAACCAAAACAUACAAUUACUUUUCCUACUCUUUCUAUUACUUUUUGAGCCCGCCUCCCAAUGCGGCCCAGGGCGGGGGUCGGGGCGGCGGAGGGGACCCAAGAAAAUGACUCCAUUAGUGUACAAGCAGCAUGUGCCUAAUGUCUCGGAAAAUACGCUCGGAGCUAGCGGGAUUGGGGAGGGAAAGAUAUCAAGGACGGAUAAGAAAAAAUUCAAUCAGUUAGUUGUAAACCAUAAUCCAGAUAUCGUAUUUCGGAUGGAGGAGCGUACGGAUGCUGACAGACGGAUGACUCAGCGCUGUAAAGACAAACUGAGUACGUUAGCAGUGUCAGUCAUGAAUCAGUGGCCGGGGGUCAGACUGAGAGUGACCGAGGCCUGGGACGAAGACAACGAGCAUGCCAGGGAUUCAUUACACUACGAGGGCAGGGCGGUGGAUAUCACGACCAGUGAUAGGGACAGGGCGAAGUACGGGAUGUUGGCCAGGCUGGCUGUGGAUGCUGGCUUUGACUGGGUUUACUACGAGUCGAGAGGACACAUCCAUUGCUCAGUAAAAUCAGAUUCCUCGGCUCAAUAUGGCGGAGGAUGUUUCCCGGCCGAGGCAGUCGUCAACACUGAAAAGGGUGCAAAGCUAAUGCGAGACCUACAGAUAGGAGACAGCGUUUUAGCAAUGUCCAAAUCCGGUGAGGUUCGAUUCAGUGAAGUUAUAAUGUUUAUGGACAGGCAACCAAAUGCCACAGCAUUAUUUUACCAGCUCACAACAGAUGCAAAUACCACCCUGCAACUCACUCCGAGCCACCUCGUAUACGUCAGUCGUAUGCACCAAUCAACAAUACUACAAGCAAAAACAGUGUUUGCUAAAGACGUCAGAAUUGGAGAUUACAUGUUCAUCGCGAGCGGGCGGCGGAAGGUUCGCCCUGUACGGGUGGUGUGGUUGAGCUCGUCUGUCGAGCAAGGUAUAUAUGCGCCGCUCACGGGGGAUGGGACGAUAGUAGUAGACCGGUCACUCGCUUCAUGCUACGCCGUUAUAAACUAUCAGAGUAUCGCUCAUUUUGCAUUUGCGCCUGUCCGAUUGAUUUCCUCUAUAAAAUCAACCUUUCGCGGGCAAGUAUCUGAGCAGGAUAAACGAAGGGACACGGAAGAAACCACAGGAGUGCAUUGGUACCCUCGGACUUUGUACGACAUUGCUCCCUAUGUUCUUCCCGAUCGGUUGCUCUAUUCCACAAAUAAUUGAGAGCUCAUUUCAUCGCUAUUGAGAUUAUUUAUUAUUUUUCAAAAUUUGAAGACGUCGGUUGUUCGUUGGUCGUGCCUAUGGGGCAUGGUCGGUGAAUAGGUUUGAAAGAAGUGACAGUGCAGAUUCACCUGCGCAAGCAUGGCUGUUGCAUGCCGGGAACCGGAAAUGGAAGCUAAAUGGACAUCGCUUUGAGUUGGAGUACGGCAUCACAGCAUCAAAAUUAUCGAAAGGUGGUUAUCUCUUCCACGUUCACGUUGCAUUUGGUAGCGACAAUGCGUACGUCGGGAAAGCAGACUGAUGUAAUACAAUGAAGAAAAGGUUUAGAAAAACUGUAGGACCAUAAGGUAAUCUCUUAGGAGAGUUCUAGCUAUAUUCACAGCGGUUUGAAUAUAGAUACUUUAUUGUGACUAAUACUGAGCAAGCUUUUCAUACCGACGGUCAUUGGCUUGGAGAUUGAUGUUGAAGUUUUCGAACUCCGAGUGAGAAAUUCGUAAAUGUCAUCUGAUACUGGGAUUAGAGAGUCGUUAGCGAUAUACUAAUAACCGACUAUGAUAAAUCUGCCUGAGGAAAGAUUGCAGUCAGUGGCAGUCUCGAAGGUAACGGCGUUUCAGUGGUUUACGAGGAAUCAUGAACGUAACUCAUUUUAAGAAUUCAGAAACAAACUGAAGAAAUAUAAUUGUCCUUUAAAAACCGAAAUUUCGAUUACACAUAUACUUGUAGUGCUGCUUACGAAAACGGUCAUCAUAACCUUACCUAAGGACUAAUAGCAACCUUAUAGUGCUGUUUAGACCAGCAUCGGACAAACUUCUUGUCAUUAUCAAAAUGACCUUUCUGGUCGAUUUACAUUUGCCGCAAAUUUGCAAUCGUAUAUAAGGCCUAAAUUGCGGAGGCGGGAUUGGGUCAAGCAAGAGACAUUCCUGUGAGAUGUUUUACAGUUUUGUCUUAGCACAUGAUCUGAAGAACGCGAUUGACCUAUAUGAAAUCUCUGUCAUAUCGAUCUGAGUUAUAAGAAACGGUUUGUGCCAUAUUCAAGUUUAAUGUACAGGCCUGCAUGUACAUUGCGCGAUCUGAAACCUGAUGUACGAAAUUUCUGGUAUUUUAGGGAAAAUAUCACAAAUUUUAUUAUUGAUUCUAAUGAUAUACCUACGUGCAUGUAGAUAUUGGCUUGUUUGCUAACUUUGACUUAAUGAAAGAUCAGUGAAUGAUGAAUUGACCGGGCUCAUUUUGGAAGAGUAAGGGAAGCUUUUUUGAAGCAAACAGCUUGUAUCAAGGUAAUAUCAAAUAUUAAAUACUGCAAUACUGCACUAGGGUAAAUAAUACUGUACAAUGUGAAAUACGCUACAAACCGUUCAGCCAGGUCAGUCAAAAAAUGAUUUGAUCUUAAAAUUGCGACGACUGCCUUUCGAUCUGUUCCAGUUCAGCGCAAAGGGAGGGUAAAAUAGAAAAUAAUUGCAAAAAUUUCGUUAAAGACUUGAUUCCACUCCUUGAAAACUAUACUCGGGUUCAGCGUUUAAAUAAAAAUUUAGAAGGUUGGUCAGAGGCUGAAGACGCUAGCCACAAUAUGGGGAAAUAUUUACUUAUGCGCUGGAGUCGAGCGCAAUUUUCCAGCCGCGGCGACCGCAGCGAGAUUUUAAGAUAAUUGUCUUCAUUCCUGAUCCACCCAGGCGAAAGAUUGUAAUGCCUGUCUCACCGGAAUCCCUCCACCAGGACCCUGGGAACCCGCUUACUAUUCCAUGAUCGAAUGGCCGUUGAAGCCCGUCUUUAUCAAUAAUUGAUGUCAUAUAUCCAUCGGAGACAUCAAAAUAAACUUCAGACAGAAGCCAUUAUCCUGUCUGACUGCCAUGGGAACUGUCUCCCGCCGUAUGACGGGCUCAUUAAAUCUACGCACAAUUUCACGGCGGAAAUGCACACGAACCGUCUGGCUGUGCUCAACCAUGGUGGCAUGUCUGGGUUUAGAGUAACCAUACUCUCUUUACUUUCAUAAGAUCAGUUGUGAUUCCUAUUACUAACAUUGGCUCAUGUCUUUGGACUGCGAUGCUUUUGGUCACAGUCUCUUUAGGCAGGCAGGGCCGGGUGCUGGUACUCCUCGUAUACACAGUUCUCGUGUAUGAAAAAAGAACACUCGAAGAGGCCAGAAAUGAAUACAUGUAUCCGAGACUGACCUAACCGAAGUAAAAGGAGGUGAUUUGAUUUCAGAAUAAUGCAAUUUGUUAACUGGCCCUAUUUAAUUGCAUUGGCCUUCAAAAUAUUGAAAUAUAGCGAGCUGUGUUUUUUU